AUGGAUCUUAACUCCUGGUCUCGCUCACUCUACCUCUAUAUCGCUGGGUCAUCUCACGUCGGACUCUAUCGCCAGUGCAUCGCUUCAAAUCCUGAACAAGCAGAGGUUCACGCCAAAAUCGCUGCUGAGCUAAUUCGGAAAGCCCCUGCCCUUGCAGGAAAGAAGAAGUUCAUGGCGCGACAACUACCCUUUGACGUGUUCGUGACUCGAAAAAUCGCCAAGUGGGAGGCCCGUGCCAAGGACUGGAAUGUUUCCUUGGUCGAUGCCAUUGGAGUGGAUCCGAUCGAAGAGAUGAUUUUCUUCUGGAAUGGACAUAGUCGCAUGACUACCAGCCAGCUAGAAGAGUCUUUGACUCGACUUUCCUGGUGUGAAAGUGAAGAAAACAAGACAUGGUCUCGUGAAGGGCCAGAGGAAAAGGCGACUCUGGAACUCAUGAGGGCUGCCGUAUUCCGGUCGCUUCACAAGCACGAAGAGGCUAGAAAGAUUCUUAAAACUGUUUUCAAACAUGACAAAUCCCAGUUCAAGGGAAAUCUGAAGGACGACUGGGUCCUACCAGCUGCACACUUUGAAAUGGCCGCUAAUCUUUGGAUGGAGCGACCUAGCUACCGGCCUCUUCAUGGGUCGUCGGGUGUAGAGAAGUCCCAAAACACCGAGCAGAUAGUGGCCGAAUCUGGAAAGCCCGACGAGCAAAAACAAGUCCAAGAGUGCAAGGAGCAUUUGGAAACUGCGGCUCGAUGGGAUAGUUAUGAGUUGGAUGCUCGCAUUGGACUCAAGGUGACGGCUGCUCUUGAGGCUGUGAAAAAAUGGGAGAGUGUGCACUAG